AUGGCUGUGAAAUAUGUUAACGAGCUUGUGGAAGCUCUCGUACGCCGUCGACGCGGUGUGUAUUCUAAGUUAAAAAAUAGUGGCUUAGUGUUGGUCAGUGGUGGGACAUUAGAGUGGAGAAUGCUGGAGCAUAGGUCAGAUGUAUUUAGUGUUCGGCUUCUUGGACAACCGUUAUCACUUCUGACACUGCGUGGAACCACCAAUCUUCACAGCGGAGUCCAGACAAGGUUUUUACAGGUUGGAAAGGUGCUUUAUGUUGCAACUAAAGGAGGUUUCUACGAAUUCGACGGCAAUCAAGCGACUGCUAUGUGA